GCUCUGCGAUCCUUGCCGGUCGUCGCCGGUCGUCGCCGGUCCUCUGCGGUCUGGCCGGGGUUAGGGAGAAGGAAACUCCCCAUUUGUGCUGCCGGGCUUCCGUGUCACGGGAAACCUAUUUCCGAUUUGAAAUGCGACAGGAAGUUCGGGAGCCUCUUCCUCAACCACUCCCUGGAAAUUUCUGGUCCGCGCAGUUGGGAAAGAGCGAGCGCUCCACUUCCUGGUUCCGAAGUAGGGGCAAAGAUCUGUCCCCCACCCUUGCUUUCGUUGUUCACUUAGUUUGGCCAGUCUUAAUUCUGUACCCUGGAGUAAAGAGGAAACAGCAGAGGCCUCCGGAGCGGCCGCGAACCCCCUACCUGCCGCAGCCCCCAGACCCACCUGUACCUGCCGCUGCGCAGCGGGCGCCUCACCUGGCCCAGCCAAGGAGCCGUCGGAGUCGGUGCUUCUCUCGGUGACUGCAAUGUGCAGGUGCUAGCUGCCGCCCGAGAGGAUGUCUGGGGUGUCCGAGCCCCUGAGCCGAGUGAAGGUGGGCACGUUACGUCGGCCUUCUGAAGGCCCUCCAGAGCCCAUGGUGGUGGUGCCAGUCGAUGUGGAAAAGGAAGACGUGCGGAUCCUCAAGGUCUGCUUCUAUAGCAACAGCUUCAACCCUGGGAAGAACUUUAAACUGGUUAAAUGCACUGUGCAGACCGAGAUCCAGGAUGUCAUUGCCUCCAUCCUGAUGAGCGGACGGAUUGGGCCCAACAUCCAGCUGGCUGAGUGCUAUGGGCUAAGGCUGAAGCACAUGAAGUCGGAUGAGAUCCACUGGCUGCACCCACAGAUGACGGUGGGGGAGGUGCAGGACAAGUAUGAGUGUCUGCACGUGGAAGCCGAGUGGAGGUAUGACCUUCAAAUCCGCUACUUGCCAGAGGACUUCAUGGAAAGCCUAAAAGAAGACAGGACAACGCUACUUUAUUUUUACCAACAGCUCCGGAAUGACUAUAUGCAACGCUACGCCAGCAAGGUCAGCGAGGGCAUGGCCCUGCAGCUAGGCUGUCUGGAGCUCAGGCGGUUCUUCAAAGACAUGCCCCACAAUGCACUUGACAAAAAGUCCAACUUCGAGCUCCUGGAGAAGGAAGUGGGGCUGGACCUGUUUUUCCCAAAGCAGAUGCAGGAGAACUUAAAGCCCAAGCAGUUCCGGAAGAUGAUCCAGCAGACAUUCCAGCAGUACGCCUCACUCAAGGAGGAGGAGUGUGUCAUGAAGUUCUUCAACACCCUCGCGGGCUUUGCCAACAUCGACCAGGAGACCUAUCGCUGUGAACUCAUUCAAGGAUGGAACAUUACUGUGGACCUAGUCAUCGGCCCUAAGGGCAUCCGCCAGCUGACAAGUCAAGAUGCAAAGCCCACCUUCCUGGCCGAAUUCAAGCAGAUCAAGUCCAUCAGGUGCCUCCCCCUGGAGGAGGGCCAGGCAGUACUGCAGUUGGGCAUUGAAGGCGCCCCCCAGUCCUUGUCCAUCAAAACCUCCUCUCUGGCAGAGGCCGAGAACAUGGCUGACCUGGUGGACGGUUACUGCCGGCUGCAGGGGGAGCACAAAGGCUCUCUCAUCAUUCAUCCCAAAAAAGAUGGUGAGAAGCGGAACAGCCUGCCCCAGAUCCCCAUGCUCAGCCUGGAGGCACAGCAGCCCCACCUCUCAGACAGCGGCGGCCUAGAAUCAGACAUCUAUGCUGAGAUUCCCGAUGAGACCCUGCGAAGGCCCAGAGGUCCGCAGUAUGGCGUCACACGGGAAGAUGUGGUCCUGAAUCGGAUUCUUGGUGAAGGCUUUUUUGGGGAGGUCUAUGAAGGUGUCUACACAAAUCACAAAGGGGAGAAAAUCAAUGUCGCCGUAAAGACCUGUAAGAAGGACUGCACUCUGGACAACAAGGAGAAGUUCCUGAGUGAAGCAGUGAUCAUGAAGAAUCUCGACCAUCCACAUAUCGUGAAGCUGAUCGGUAUCAUUGAAGAGGAGCCCACCUGGAUCAUCAUGGAAUUGUAUCCCUACGGUGAGCUGGGCCACUACCUGGAGAGAAACAAGAACUCCUUGAAGGUGCUCACUCUCGUCCUGUACUCGCUGCAGAUUUGCAAGGCCAUGGCUUACCUGGAGAGCAUCAACUGUGUCCAUAGGGACAUCGCUGUCCGAAACAUCCUGGUGGCCUCCACUGAGUGUGUGAAGCUGGGGGACUUUGGCCUUUCCCGGUACAUUGAGGAUGAGGAGUAUUACAAAGCCUCUGUGACCCGUCUCCCCAUCAAGUGGAUGUCCCCUGAGUCCAUCAACUUCCGCCGCUUUACAACAGCCAGUGACGUCUGGAUGUUUGCUGUCUGCAUGUGGGAGAUCCUGAGCUUUGGCAAGCAGCCCUUCUUCUGGCUGGAGAACAAGGACGUCAUCGGGGUGCUCGAGAAAGGGGACCGGCUGCCCAAGCCCGACCUCUGCCCACCUGUCCUCUACACCCUCAUGACUCGCUGCUGGGACUACGACCCCAGUGAGCGGCCCCGCUUCACUGAGCUCGUGUGCAACCUCAGUGACAUUUAUCAGAUGGAGAAAGACAUCGCUAUAGAGCAGGAGAGGAAUGCUCGCUACCGACCUCCCAAAAUCUUGGAGCCCACAGCCUACCAGGAACCCCCACCCAAGCCCAGCCGGCCCAAGUAUAGACCCCCUCCACAAACCAACCUUCUGGCUCCCAAGCUGCAGUUCCAGGUCCCUGAGGGUCUGUGUGCCAGCUCACCUACGCUCACCAGCCCUAUGGAGUAUCCAUCUCCUGUAAACUCACUGCACACCCCACCUCUCCACCGGCACAAUGUCUUCAAGCGCCACAGCAUGCGGGAGGAGGACUUCAUCCGACCCAGCAGCCGAGAAGAGGCCCAGCAGCUAUGGGAGGCCGAGAGGCUCAAGAUGCGACAGAUCCUGGACAAGCAGCAGAAGCAGAUGGUGGAAGAUUAUCAGUGGCUGAGGCAGGAGGAGAAAUCCUUGGACCCCAUGGUGUACAUGAAUGACAAGUCCCCGCUGACCCCGGAGAAGGAGGCCGGCUACACGGAGUUCACGGGCCCCCCACAGAAGCCACCACGGCUGGGCGCGCAGUCCAUCCAGCCCACAGCCAACCUGGACCGGACCGAUGAUCUGGUAUACCUCAAUGUCAUGGAGCUAGUGCGGGCUGUGCUGGACCUCAAGAAUGAGAUCUGUCAGCUGCCUCCCGAGGGCUACGUGGUGGUGGUAAAGAACGUGGGCCUGACCCUGAGGAAGCUCAUUGGGAGUGUGGAUGAUCUCCUGCCCUCCUUGCCGUCAUCCUCCCGGACAGAGAUCGAAGGGACCCAGAAACUGCUCAACAAGGACCUAGCGGAGCUCAUCAAUAAGAUGCGCCUGGCCCAGCAAAACGCCGUGACCUCCCUGAGUGAGGAGUGCAAGCGGCAGAUGCUCACAGCCUCCCACACCCUGGCGGUGGACGCCAAGAACCUGCUCGAUGCCGUAGACCAGGCCAAAGUUCUGGCCAAUCUGGCCCACCCGCCUGCAGAGUGAUGGAGGGUGGGCGCCACCUGCCUGCGUCUUCUGCCCCUGCCUGUAGUGUUCCCUCCCCUGCCCCCCCCCCCCCCACCGGCCCCUGCUUUGCCUUCGGUCAUGUGGGUCUUCUCAGGGGGAAGGCUGCGGGGAGUCCUUCUUCCCUUGCCACUUUGCACGACCCCCUCUCCCCACCCCAACCCCCGGACUGUGCUGCUUAGGCUGCAGCUGGACAGAGGGGACUCAGGGCUAUAGAUGCCAGGGGGUGACCAAGAGGGCUCAGAGGAAGCCCUGCUGCUGCUGGCCGCUCCCUCCUCACACCUGCCUGCCCCACUGGGGGGGGGGGGGGGUCACACUAGUGCCCCUAGUGGGCACGAUGGCUUUAUGCGUGGACAUGGCAGGCCUCUCUAUUGGAGCCAAGCUAUUCCUUCUUCUUCCGCCCACGGAGGUCCCCUGAUGCACAGAGGGGCUGGGGAGGGGCUUUCCUUUUGGGGCCGGGCGGCUGGCGAGAUGAGGGAUGGGCCUGGCUUUCUUGUACAGUGUAUAUUGGAAUUUAUUUAAUGUGAGUGUGGUCUGGACUGACAGCCGUGUGCCCCCCUGAGGGGGGACCUGGGACCCAGUCCGGGAACAAGCUAUUGGGAGUCCGGGCACAAGACGCUCUGCUGUCAACACGCCAAGCGUCAGGGAGAAGGGGAGAGAUGAGGCCAAAACAGGACUUGGACCACAAUCUGCUCUCUUCCCUGUGCCCUUUCUCUCUCUUCCCUGACUUUGCCCCUUCCUUCUCUCCCUCUUUUCUUACUUCUCCUUUUCUCCGCCCCCCUUUCCCAUCUGCCCCCCCCCCUCGUGUUUGUGCAAAACACUCUUUUACCUUCUUUCUAUUUGACUUGUGGAUGAAUUAAAAUUGUACCAUUUGC